AUGGAAAAGGAUGGGGAGGAAGAAGAGGCAGAUACGGACUACAGAAAGGUUCUUCCUAAAAAGGCUGAUUAUCUGUUGCUCCAGGUAAAUGCAGCACAGAAAGCAACUCGCAACAACGACGAAGAAGACGGAGACAGGCUUAGCAAGCUGCUUGACGACCUUCUGCUCAACAUUCUGGAGAGGGCGGACACACUCGAUGCAGUAAGGGCCUGCGUCCUCUCGAGGCGAAUGAUGAAGCUCAUCACCAUGCUCUCGCGGUUCUUCCUAAGCUGCAGCUCCGUUCCAGGCCACCAGGACAGCGCUCGUAUUUUCGACCCCACUGAAUUUUUCAGAAUCAACAGCGCCGUGGCUCAUGUAACGGACAACAUCUUGAGCACAAGGAGCCCGGAGAUCACCAUCAGCAAGCUCCAAAUCAGAUUCAUCCUGACGCAACGUGAUUCUUACACGAUUGGCGAAUCCGUCGCCCACGCCAUGGCAACGCAGAAGGUCGGCGCGGCUGAGUUUCAGAUCUUGACAGAGAAGGCUUAUCUGGAGAGCACUCCUGCCGAUCUUCUCGACCAUGCCAAGAAGUUCAAUGGUUUUCUCAGUGCUUGCCCUGAUGCGUUUGCCGGCCUCAGGCGCCUGUGGCUGCGCAACAUGAGGUUUGCUGAACCGGACAUACCCAACAUCCUCAGCGCUUGCAAGCUCUUGGAGUCUCUGCAUCUGACCCACUGCGACUCGGGGAAGAAUUCCGUGCUGCGGCUGGAACAUGCUCAGCUUACCGAGCUCGAGGUCAAGGUUGGGAAAUUUGAGACAGUUGAGCUGGCAUGUCUACCAAAACUCCAAAGGGUGAGCUAUAACAAUUGGUUCAACUCCCAUAAAGAUCCCCUGUAUUUGGGUUUUGUACCACAGCUUUCAAAGCUGUGGCUUGCUAAAACUGGCCGCCGAUCGACUAGGACUCUAAAGUUAAGUCAGCUCCUUGGUAAUGUUCCUUCCAUAAGCGAUCUGCAUAUGGAUUUUCAAAGUGAAAAGAUUUGGGUUCUGCCAGAAAGCCCGAAGCUGCUCAAGCCUGUGCUCAGCAAACUACAGCACGUGAAUCUGGACAAUCUUCCUGAAGGAUGUGAUUUAGCUUGGACAAUGUUUAUUCUUGAAGCUGCGCCGUCCCUAAAAGAGCUGUGCAUCACGGUAUGGGAUCAUUGGUGCAAUAUGGCGAUGAGAGACAAAGAGUUUCGGGAGAGAAAUGGUUACUGUGAAAAGGUAGACGUGGAGUGGAAGCCACAUGCCCCUGAUUUCAAGCACAAGAACCUGGUUAAGCUCACCAUCUACGGCUUCCAAGCAGAUGGCAUCUUUGUGCGAUUCAUCAGGUGUGUCAUGGAACAUGCGGUUAAUAUGGCAGAGAUAUCUCUGCAUGACAGGAAGGUGUGUCUGCACUGUGGUGACUUGGAUCCCGAGAUGAAGUGCCCAUCGAGAUAUCCAUGGAACGCUGAUGAGCGCAUGCAGAUCAUUGAAGAAUUGGGGUGUCUUUGCCUGCCAUGGUCAGAUAUUUGUAAUCAUGAGUGUGGGCAAAUUCAAGUGAACCUGCAUCACCUGGGCAACCACCGGUUCUACGUCGUCAAGCUCUUCAGGAUGACGACCCGCCGCCAAGGCGGGGGCUGCUGCGAUGAUCCCAAGGAGAAGUGUUUCGCAACGCUCACUGGCGUGGAGGUUGUGGGCGGCGACCACGCCGGCAAAGGCAUCACAUGA